AAUGGUGCCGGUAAAACUGCAAGAGAUGUUGAAAGAGUGGGCUCCAGCCCUGGUGGUCCCACUCUCACUAUAUGUAGCCUACAAACUGCUGAAUAGGAUUAUUCCUGGAGCUCACAACUUGCCAAAAUUGGACGUUAAGAACAAAGUCGUUGUGAUCACCGGAGCCAGUUCAGGCCUCGGAAAAAGUCUUGCAUUCGAGCUUUACAAACGCGGUGCCCAGGUGAUCCUUCUUGCGAGAAGCACAGAAAAGCUCAAGGAGAUCUGCGAGGAGCUCAAGGAAACCUUCCCGCUCAACCAGAACGAGCCGAUUUACUACUACUUCGACAUCACCGAUUCAGAGCAAGCACCGUGGGCUGAGAUCCCACGAGUCGACAUUCUCAUCAACAACGCCGGCAUGUCAAAUCGCGGAUCAUGCCAGGAUACAACUAUGGAAAUUCACAGACAAGCCAUGGAGACCAACUACUUUGGACAUGUGCAUGUCACCCAAGCUUUACUCUCAAAGUUGAGCCCAGAUGGUUGUAUUGUUGUCACAAGUAGCAUUCAAGGAAAAGUGGCAAUUCCGUACAGAGGAUCAUAUGGAGCCAGUAAACAUGCACUUCAAGGAUACUUUGAUUGUCUUCGCGCCGAGCACAAGAACCUGCACAUUUUGGUGGUCUCCGCUGGAUACAUCAACACUGGUUUUGGAUCGAGAGCUUUGGAUCCCUCUGGAAAAGUUGUUGGAGUGGAGGAUGAGAAUCAAAAGAAGGGCUACACACCGGAACACUGUGCCCGCAUGAUUUCCGAUGCGAUUCGCGAUCGAAAAACCGACUUUGACAUGGCUCCAUUUGAUGCUCGUAUUGCAGUCUUCCUCAGAUACUUUUGGCCAACUCUUCUCAACUAUGCUCUCUACAUUCGUGGUACUAAGGACCAAUGGGCCCCGAAGAACAAGAAGGAGUGAUUAUUUUGUGAUAUUUUUUGUUUUUUUUUUCAACUCAGAAAGCCAUAUUUAUUCGAUUCAGAUGGGAGUUUUACUGUGUAGCGUUGCUUUUGUGUACAUGAAGAGUUUAUUUUCA